AUGAGCAACAAAGAUGAAGCUUUAAAGGAGUUUUUAAGUAAGUUGUUGAAAAAAUUUGGAAACAAUGCUUCACAUCGCAAAAUAAUCUCCAAUGUAAUUAGAAAUUAUUGCAAAAACAUAGCAGCCUUUAGCGUAGAAGAUUCAGAAUAUUUGGAAAGAAAAAUCACUGAGAGAUUAGGAAUUCCAGCAUCAAAACAUAGGCUAAGUUUAUCUCCAACAAACAAAAUAUUUUUAUCUCAAGAAUUGACUCCUAAAUCAAUUAGACCCUCAUCUAAGACUCCUAAGCUAGUUUUAAUUCCUAUUAAAAGCCCAAUGAAUGAAAUAUCUUUGAUGAGAAAAUCGCCAUCUAUCCCAAAAUUCAGAGAAGUAGUUUCAGUUGUAUCUGUAAAUAAGCCUGAGCAUCUUACAUCUGUUUAUCAAAGUCAAAGCAUUUCAAAGGCUGAAAAGUUUCCAAGCCCUUUUAAAACUUCUAAUCCUUUAUCUCUAGGCUUUUCUGAGGAAGACAGAUUUACAGGUCUGAGCAAAAGCCCUCAUAGAAAAAGAAGAUUAAGCAACCAAUGAGAGAAAAUUACGAAGGCAGAUCAAAUAAUGUUUGAAAACGAGCAAAAAUUCAAAAAAAUUAAAAAUAAAGAGCUAAAAAAAUCUUAUUCUAAAGAGCUUUUAGAACAGAUGAACAUAGUUAAAGAAGCUAAAGAAAAAGAAAAACAAGAAUUGCUGAGCUAUAAAGAAGAUCUUGAUAAAAGUGUUGGCGAAUUCUACAAGACAGAAAGAGAUAAAAGGAUUUUCAAGAGGCAGUUAAUCAAUGAAAACAACGCAGCAAAUGAAAAUAUCAUAAAAGAAGGAAUGGAAAAGCAAAGAAUGAGAAUAUAUCAAAGCAAGCUUGAUGCUGAAAAAAUAAAAAAAUCAUGAGAAAUCAACACUUUAGAAGAAAAUGCCUGAAAAGAAAUCAAAGCUGAAAGACUGAGAAAAAACGCAGAAGAAUUAAAAAUUUUAGCUGAAGAAAAAGAAUGAAAAAGAAAGGAAGCGAAACUAAAAGAAAUUGAGAUGGAAAAAUUUUUGCUGGACCAGUCAUGCAAAAAAAUCAUUGAAAAUGAAAAUAAAAGAGCUGAUUUUGUGAAGACAUUUAUGGACAAAGCCAAUGAUGAAGAAAGAUUGAGCAAACUGGUAAAAUAUAUGCAGCACAGACCUGCUAUAAGCCUACUUGAGUAUGAAAGAGAAAUAAGAAGACAUGAAGAAGAGCAAGCAAGAAAAAACCAAAAAGAAGAAAAUUCGUAAAUAUUAUUUAGAGAAAAAUUAUUACUUAUUUAAGAUUAAUUGGCUUGAACUUCCACUAGCACAUCACCCACAUAGACUUCUGCCCCUGUUUCUGGAUACCCCGCUAAUCUUGCGUUAUGUGCCACCUGAUCUUGAUUUGAAUGAUUCCCACUUUGGCUGUUCCUACUUUGACAGUUUUAUUUCCAGUUCUCGAACUUGUGAAAUUGGUUGCAGCUCAGAAAAUUCAAUAAAUGGAUUGAUGGUUAACUUAUGUUAAAAGUGAAAACUAAAGCCAAGGGCGUAACUCCUGGCUUCACGGUGAAGCGUUGCCGAAAUAACCUAAUGAUAAAGAUAGACAUCUCUGCUUUAUCCCUCCCAACUCCAUGUCUUUUCAUUUUCCAAGAGGUAAAACUCAACUUUCUAAAGCAGAUUGAGGCGAGACUUUUUACAUUACCAGAAUUCCUUACGUAGCAUACUGUCUAUUUUUUGGUUAGAAAAAAUUUUAGGAUAUAAUUAAAUAUGUAACGAGGCUACACGUCUUUCGCGAUGCAUUUUGAUUAUGUGAGAAAAAUUACUACAGAGGGACAGAAAAAUUAGGAAAAAAAUGGAAGAUUUGAAGAUUCUUAGCCAUCAUAUGGAAGAAAAAGCUUUAAAAAAGCGGGAAGAAGAAGAAAGUCUGCGAAAAGCAAGAAAAGAAAUAAAUGAUAGAGAAAUAGAAUUUAUUAAUGAAGAAAGAGAAAAACUUAGUAUGAGGAUGCAAAAACAAAAAGACUUAAGAGAAGCACUCAGCCAGCAAAUGAAAGAUAAAGAAGAGAAAGAGAUCAGAGAAACCCAGUUUUCACCAGCUGAAGCAAAGUAUAAUAAAAAGAUCAUAGAAACUGCACUCAAAGUGUUAGGAGAAAAUUAA